UUUUCCUGCUGCGGCCUCCAGCCCUGCUCUGGCUCCGGUCCCGCUGCCAGACGCCCUCGCCGAUCUCCCACCUUCCUUCUUGACUCCAGUCACGUCGCACCUGGAGGAGGCUGGCUUCCGGAGCCUGGCUUGGGCGAGAAAGAGCAGGGGACGGCAGCAGGCAUCAGUGGGAGAGGAGGACUCCACACCUGAUUGUUCACUUACCUAAACUAGACUGAAGGCCUGUGCAGGGUCUCUGACUUCAAGCAUGCUCACAGAAAGGCAAGAAGAAAGGCUCUUUCCUUCGCAGGCGCAGACUGGCGAAUCUCCAGCCUUGCAGGCCUGCACGGGGUGUUACAUUUCAAAGGGGAGCAUCAGACUCCCAGAGACAGUUACUCACAAUCCAACAGCAGGCCUGUUUUGCCAUUGUGUGGACCUGAGCUUCCUGUUUGCUCUGGAUGGGCCACCGCCUUGCUGCUGUGCCAGGGCUCAGUCCGUCCUCGCUGAUGAGCGAGCGGGUGGCGAAUCCCAGGAGAGUGUGGCUAGGGCUGCUAGCCACCUGCCCUGGGCUGUGGGUCCAGACCCUGAGAGCACCUCUGUCCACAGCUGCUGGACAGGAGGCUCUGAUGACACAGCGGCAGCAGGAAGCCCAGCUUCUGGGGCCCUGGUACGUCCUUGCGGUGUCCUCCCAGGAGAAGGGCUUCAUGGUGGAGAAGAGCACAAAGAACGUCGAAGGUGUCAUGGUGACUCUCACUGCAGAGCAGAACCUGAAGCUGCUGUCCUCCCGGCACGGGCUGGAGGGGUGCAUUCAGAGCACAAUGGAGCUGUCGAAGCAGAAUUCCCGAUGGGUGUUUGAGAACCCCUUACCGGGUGCUGGGCACCAACUUCAGAGACUACGCCAUCAUCCUGACCCAGCUGGAGCUAGAGGAGGAGGACUUCAACACGCUGGAGCUGUACAGUCGGACGGAGAUGGCCAGCCAGGAAGCCCUGCAACUCUUCACCAAGUGGAGCAGGGACCUGGGCUUCCUGUCCCAGCAGCAGGCCCAGCUACAGAAGGAUUUCACCUGUGCACACAGGAUCAUCCAGCUGAGCUACCAACUGGGGAGGCUGUAGCCACCUGUGACUGGGAGGAUCUGCGCCCGGCCUGCUGGCCACGACUCUGCAAGGCGGUGGCCGAGGGGGCCCACUCUGGGAAGCUGGCUCCAGUGCUCAUCCUGCUUCCAGGAAGUGGCAGUGCCCAGGACGGUCUGCCCUCCCACCAGCCGAGAAUAAAGGAUGCCAUUAGCAAACGUGCCCAGUGCAUCUUGACCGGGGCCAGGCCAUGUUCAUGCCAGGCAGGUUCUCAGGGUUCUGGUACAUUCUUGCGGUGGCCACUAAUGCCCAGGGCUUCUUGCCGGCCCCAGACAAGAGGAAGCUGGGGGCAUCUGUGGUGAAGGUGCACAGAGGAGGCCAGCUGAGGGUAGUCAUCGCCUUCAACAGGUGAGUGGACGGGAGGUGGACCCAGCGCACCAUCACAGACUGGCCAGGGGUGUUCCCUGCCCAGAGGAAGGAGCCCUCCUGCAGGAAGGAGAAAGGAGUCCAGGUGGAAAGCAGACCCAGCUGGCCUAUAAGUUCCCACAGAUUGUCUCACCUCUUCCAAUCCUAAAAUCCAAAGGACUGCCGUUGGGAGAAGCUGCUAGCUGCCCACAGGGGUGGCCUAGGAGGGGCAUUGGGAGCAUUUCUUCUCAGCUGGGGUUGGGUUCUGGUUUAACUUGGGAAACUACAGAACAGCAGGGCCUCUAUGUCCUAACUGGACCUCACCCCCAGGCCCAGGCCCCGUGGGAGUCAGGACCAAGACAACCGUGGGGCUUGGCAGCAGUCAGGCAGGAAGGGGCCCCUGGCCGUGAGCCUGCACCCUUCUGCCCCCAGGUCCCAGGGCUGCCAGUCCCUGGAGCUGGUCCUGAGGAAAGACAAGAAGAAGCCGGUGUUCAGGAAUACCUUGAAGGGGGUGAAGGGCUUCCACGUGCUGUCCACCGACUACAGCUAU